AUGCCACUGCAGGACGACACCCUCCGAGAGGUGUGGACCUCAGACAGCGGACAUGAGGAGGAAGGCCAGAGCCCGGAGGUCCAGCAGCGCACCAAGCAGCGACAGAAGCUGAGGAAGAAGAAAACAGAAGCCCCAGAGUCCCCCUGCCCCACGGGAUCCAAGCCCCGGAGACCUGGAGCGGGACGGAGGAGGAGCCCGCGGGAGGAGCCCUCGCGGGAGCCCGCCGAGGCCCGGGAGCUGCAGACUGUCUACGCCAAGUUCCUCAGGGACCCCGAGGCCAAGAAGCGCGACCCCCGGGAGACCUUCCUGGUAGCCCGCGCCCCAGACGCGGAGGACGGGGAGGAGGAGGAGGAGGAGGAGGAGGAGGAAGAGGACAAGGAGGAGAAGGAAAAGAAAGAGAAAAUCCGUCUGCCUCCCAAGAAGCCCCCCAAAGAGAAGGCUUCUGCAGACAUCAAGGAGAGGAAGGCCAAGGCUCAGGGUCCGAAGGAGGACCUUGGAAGCCCUGUCCCCACACUGAAACCUCUGCGGAUUAAGAAGAAGGAGGCAUCAGCAGGGGAAGGGACCAAGAUAAGAAAGAUGAAGAAGAAAGGGUCCGGGGAGGCCGACAAGGACAGCUCAGUGAGCCCGACCAGAGUGAGGAAGAAGACACCGGCAGCCAUGUUUCUGGUUGGGGGCGAUGACCCUGGGGAAAAAGCUCUGAAGAAGAAAGGCACUCCCAAAGGCUCAGAAGAGGAGAAGGAGGAGGAGGAGGAAGAGGUGGCAGCUGCGGUGACCAAGAACAGCAAUCAGAAGGGCAAAGCGAAAGGAAAAGGCAAAAAGGUUGGAAAGGAGGAGAGGGCCCCAUCCCCACCCGUGGAAGUGGACGAACCCCAGGAGUUCGUGCUUCGGCCUGCCCCCCAGGGCCAGACGGUCCGCUGCCGGCUGACCCGGGACAAGAAGGGCAUGGACCGGGGCCUGUAUCCCUCCUACUUCCUGCACCUGGACACAGAGAAGAAGGUGUUCCUCCUGGCUGGCAGGAAACGGAAACGGAGCAAGACAGCCAAUUACCUCAUCUCCAGUGACCCCACCAAUCUGUCCCGAGGAGGGGAGAAUUUCAUCGGGAAGCUGAGGUCCAACCUCCUGGGGAACCGCUUUACCGUCUUUGACAAUGGGCAGAACCCGCACCGCGGAGGCAGCACGGAUGUGGGGAGCCUUCGGCAGGAGCUGGCGGCUGUGAUCUAUGAAACCAACGUGCUGGGCUUCCGAGGUCCCCGGCGCAUGACGGUCAUCAUUCCCGGCAUGAAUUCGGACAAGGAGAGGGUCCCCAUUCGGCCCCGCAAUGCCAGCGACGGGCUGCUGGUGCGCUGGCAGAACAAGACACUGGAGAGCCUCAUCGAGCUACACAACAAGCCCCCCGUCUGGAAUGAUGACAGUGGCUCCUACACCCUCAACUUCCAAGGCCGAGUCACCCAGGCCUCGGUCAAGAACUUCCAGAUUGUCCACGCCGAUGACCCCGACUACAUCGUGCUGCAGUUCGGCCGCGUGGCCGAGGACGCCUUCACCCUAGACUACCGGUACCCGCUGUGCGCCCUGCAGGCCUUCGCCAUUGCCCUCUCCAGUUUCGACGGGAAGCUGGCCUGCGAGUGACCCUAGUAGUCCUCAGCGCCCCCCAGGGUUGGGGAAAGGAUUCACUUUGGAGGCUUGAACGGUCCCUUCACCAGA